AUGCCAGGCCGGGCAACAGUGCAGUACCCAGCGGGACGGCUAGCGGUAGACGAGCUCGUGGUGCUGCUACAGCCGUCGUCGCCCGGCGACGCGCACCCCGACCAGCAGUCGCAGCAGCAGCAGCAUGCCCAGCAGCACCCCGGAGACGACUCCGCCGCCCGCUUCUCCCUCCAAUCCAUCUUCUCCGGCGGAAAACCCGCCCCCGCGGGGCUUCCGCCCCCCGCGGGAAGAAACGGCUCGUCGGAUCUAGAUGCGGAUUUGGACGAUGAUUGCGGCGGGAGAGGAGCGGGCGGAGGGGGAGGCGGAGGCGGGAGCGGAGGGGGAGGCGGGCAGGGGCAGGGGGGGGCGGCGAUGCGGCAGCUGUGGACGUCGAAUUGGCUGGAGGAGAGCGGGGUGGUGGUGGCCGUGCCGUCGUGCUCCGACCGCAUGGCCGUUGGCUAUGGCUCCACACUCGUGCUGCUCGAUGGACUCGUCGCGGCGGAUAUGGGACCACUGCGAAGUCGAGCAGGAAACGCAGGGGGGGAUGGGGAGGGGCAGGAUGGGGGCAGGGAGGGGCAGGGAGGGGCAGGGAGGGGCAGGGAGCGGCAGGGAGCGGCAGGGAGGGGCAGGGAGGGGCAGGGAGCGGCAGGGAGGGGCAGGGAGGGGCAGGGAGCGGCAGGGAGCGGCAGAAAAGAUCAGGGAAGAGCAGAGAAGAUGCAAUCCGACCCUGUGGUGAUCUCCCCCGCAUGUGACCGCAUCGAUCGCAUCACAGCCCUCGAAUGGCUCUUCUUCGCCCCGCCUCCCUCCGCCCACACUGCCGCACACAUCCCUCCGCGCUCCCCUCCUGCUUCCGCCCCCACUCCCCCUAGCCCGCCCCACUCGUCCUCCUCCCAGCUCCCAGACUCCUCCUCCCAGGCUGACUCCCAGCAGGGGGAACACGAUUCUCACCAGAAUCAUGCACACAGCCAGCAGCCGCAGCAGGAGCGCCACCAGAACCACCACCACCAUCAGCACCAUCAUCAUCAUCAGCAUCAGCAGCAACAGCAGUCACUGCUGUGUGUGGCCGUGGGCACGGCUGCUGGGUUCCUCCUUAUUUAUGCUGACACGGGCGUGCUGCUGGCUCGACAGAUGGUGCACACGCAGGCGGUGCUGCGGCUGCGGGUGAGGGGCGUGGAUUCAGGCAUGGUGCGCAAUGAUGGGUCACAGGAGCUCUCUGUCGUCACCAGGAACGCCACCGCCAUCGUCAGCCCCCUGCAGCUGCUGCCGCUGCUGCACCGGCGCCUGGAGGCCAUAGCAGCAGCGUCAGCCGUUGCGGCGGCCUCCGCGUCUCGCUUUGCAUCAGCCUUCAGCUUCAUGGGAGGGCCCAAGCGCAGCAGCAGGGAGGAGGAGGCGGGGCAUGCCGUGCCCAUUCCGUUCCUCAAGUGGCGCACGGGGCUGGGCAGCACGCGGUGGAGCGAUGGUGCUGUUGUCGGCAUGUUCCCCUCGCCUCUCUUCAACCCGCAGAUUCCGACUUGCCUGAUUAUUCUCCUUUUCUUCCUUUCCCCUCCCCACAACUUCUCCCCCCACCCCAUUCAUUUCCACUCUACGGAGGAACCAGAAUGGGUGCAGCUAGCAGCGUCCAUUGUCUCCUCCUCCGCGCCCUCCAACCCAACGCUCCUGGCUCUGGGCAUAGUCCCCCGCAUGUCCGUGCAGCUGCAGCGCAAGCUCAGCGGCGUGUUGCUCAAUGAGAUGGGCGGGGGGGGGGCUGCAGGGGGCAAGGGGGACGCUGCCGGGGAGGCUGGUGGCGGAGGCGCGGGGAAAGGGGCGGGUGGAGGGGAGGUGGGAGGGGGGGAAGAGGGAGCAGGGGGUGCGGCGGCAGGAGGAGCCGGGGGUGGAGGCGAGCAGGGGGCGGGAGGGAGCAGGAUAGGUCGUAGCAGCAGCAGCAGCGGCAGCGGCAGCGGUGGCGGCAGUGGCAGCGGCGAUGGUGGUGGUGGUAGCAGCACUGGUUCUGCUAGUCACAGUGUGGCUCGUUCUGUUUCUGCUGGUCCCACUCAUACCAAGUCCAAGCUUCCCCCGUUCCCCCCAUCAGCAUCAGGACACCACCACUCCACACCACCACUCCCCCCUCUCCACCCCUCUCUACCCACCGAAGACUCCCGUGCAUUCGGAUUCAACCGGCUGUUCUCCCGUCCAGCCCAGGACGAGCGAUCUGAGCCGUUGAUCCCGGCAGCAGCGACGGACGCAGGCCGUGCCACAGCGCUAGUGGCGGCGCUAAAAGACCCGCUUAGAAAAGCGACACACUUAGUGCUGUCGCCCAGAGGGGCUCUUAUGGCCGUGGCUGAUGGGCUGGGGCGUGUUCUACUCAUGGACUCUCAGAUCUUUGCCGUGCUGCGCAUGUGGAAGGUUGGUAUGGCAGCUGAUAACGGGCCCUCACAUAGCAGCCUUGCGCUGCAGCACCGACACGCGCCUCAUACAGCCCUCACCCCCUUUCCUCCCUUUCCCCCGUCUCCGCGCGCCCAUCAGGUAUGGCAGCUGAUAACAGGCCCUCGCAUAGCAGCCCUGCGCUGCAGCACCAACACGCGCCUCAUGCAGCCCUCUCUGGGCUUCGUAGUGCCCGCACACCUACCCAACCAUCCCCACCACCACCAGCCGCACCAGCAGCCGCACCAGCAGCAGCAGCAGCAGCAGCAGCUGCUGCUGCCGAACAGCAACGCCGAUGGCAGCCCCAGCCAUGGCUCUAGCUUGAGUGCAAGCCCUAGUAGCAGGGUGGAUGGGGUAGGGGUGGCUGUGGUGGAGCAGCGGCACAGGGCGUUUGUGCUGCAUGGGUCGUCAGGGCUGCUCAUGGAGCUCAUGCCCACCAUCUCCCUUGCUGGCGAGCUGGUGGGUGCAGGUAAACCCUCAGCACAAGCAGCACUCUUAUCCCAAGCGGACAUAUUUCAGCGCCUGUGCGACCUGCUCAAGCUCAAGCACCGCUCCAAGGACGCUGCCCUCGCCGCUGCCAGAGAGCUGCUCAGGCGAGCAAGGAGGGCGCGCGUGGGAGCGCGAGUGGGAGCGCGGGUCAGAGGGAGGCGUGGUCGGGUGGGUGAUGUGGAGGAGAGGGCGGCUGACGUGGAUGGGAAGGUGGACGGGAGCGGGGAUGAAGUGGAGGAACGGAAAGGGCUGAAUGGUGGUGGUGGUAGUGGGGGUAGGGAUGGGGGGGAGCAUGGGGGGACGAAUGCAGUGGUGCAAGGGGGAAUGAGCGAAAGGGACAAAGAUGAUGAUGAUGCGGCAUGGAUGGAUAGUGGUGACAUCACGGGGGAGAAAGGGGGAAAGGAGAAGAGGGAGGAGGAGCAGGGGGAGGGGAAGGAGGCGGAAGAGGAGUUAGAGAAGGAGGAGGAGGAAAGGGAGGUGGAGGAGGAGGUGGAGAGGUGGGGGGAGGUGGGCAGCCAGCAGUGGGAGGAGAGGGUGGUGGGAGUGCUGUUGGCUGGUCUCACUUCUCCCUUUCGCAAACUGCAGGUGCUCGACUUGCUAAUCGCGAGCCGGCCGUCCCUCUCAGCUAAGUGUCACUUAGCCAUACUAGAAGAUGUUUUAUGCACGUUAGAGGUCUCCCUAGCUGUCGCUCAUCUGCCUCCCCCUGAGCUUCCCCGCCUCGCGGACAUAAGCGAGGGUGGAGGAGAAGGGGGGGGGGCUGAGGGCGUGGAGGGGGGUGGCGGAGUGAGGAAGGAAGAGGAGGGGGGAAAGGUUGGAGGGAGCAAUGGGGGAAUGGCGAUUGAGAAUGAUUCAGGUGUGGCGACGGGUGGCAGUGGUGCGGGCAUAGGUGGGGAUAAGAAGCCAGGGCUAGCAAUGAGUGAAGUGGGUGAGACAGGAAGUAUGGUAGGAGAGAGGGAAGGGGAAGCAAAGGAAGGGGGAACAGAAGCUUCAAGUGAUAACUCGAGUGUUGCUGCUCCAGAUGCUGCUGCUGCCUCUGAAACCGCCUCCGCUGCUGCUGCUGCUGCUGCUGCUGCUGCACCGGCAAAGAAGAGUUGGUGGGGGUCUCUCACGUCUACGUGGAAACAACCAGUGGAGCAGCAACAGCAAGCACAACAGCAGGUGUCGGCUGGCAAAGACGGGUAUGAGCUGCUUCCGCUGGUGACAGAAGGCAGAGACAAAGAGAAUCCAGAGAAACCGGAGGGAGAGAAUGGAGUGGAUGAGAGAGGGAGUGAUGGGGCAGGGGAGAACAGGGCGGAGAAACGGGGAGAGGGAGAAGCGGAGGGGGAGGAAGUGGCGAGGAAGGCGGACGGAGGGGAAGGUGAGAAGGGCGGUGAGGAGGCACGUGGGGUGGUAGGAGGCAGGGCGGCAGCGGCAGCGGCGGCGGCGGUUCAGAGUGAGUGGUUGAGAGGGGUGGAUGUGAGCAGAGUGAAGCAUGUGGAUGACAAGUUUGUUCUGUUUCUGGAGCAGCGUGCGCGUGCCCUGCGCUUCCAGCACCUACUGGUGGAGGUAUACCUGCAACUGGAGAACGAAGCUUCUGCCACUGCUGCUGCUGCUGCUGCGGCUGCGGCUGCUGGUGCUGAUGGUGAAGGUGAUGUUUCUGGUGCUGGUGAUGGGGGAGGGGAAGUUGAUGGGGGGAGAAAAGGGGAGGAGGGUGACAGGAAGGCGAGGGGAGGGGUGUCUCUGGACGGGACGGGCUUCUGGCGAAGGCUGCCUGCGCCUGAACUGAGGACCACGGAUCAGGACAGAGAGGAGGAGGAAGAGGAAGAAGAAGAAGAGGAGGAGGAGGAGGAGGAGGAGGAGGAGGAGGACGACGACGACGAGGAAGAGGAAGAGGGGGGCACCGCAGGGAACGCAGAAAGCUGGGGCGCCCAGGUUAGUUUGGGGACAGGGAUGCUGACCGAUACCACGCUGGAUGCCAGAGCAGGCAUCAGCAGCAUCAGCAGUAGCAGCACCAGCAAGACGGAUCCGCGCAGAUCCUCCCGUGGCAAGAGAGUGCGUCGGAGGUCCAUGAGCGAUAUGGAGGCGGCACUCACGGUGUUUCGCGCGCGGUACGAGGCCCUGGUGGCUGAUGUGGGCGCGUGGAUUGCUGGCUGUUCCGUGGAGUCCCAGCUGAACAAGCUCUGGAUGGAGGGAGAGGAUGAGCAGACGAAAGCUCUGGGAGAGGAAGCUUCUGGUGGGAAAGCCACGGGGUUUAAUGGUGAUGGUAGUGGUGGUGGUGGUGGUGGCGGCAUUGGUGGGAUGAUAAGUGGAAUUGGGGGGAUAAGCGGGAUUGGGGGGUUGGGGGAGGCGAUUAGUCGGAGUGACAGCGGCGGUGGUGGCGGUCCGGGGGGUAUGAUCAGCCGCAGCAGCAGCAGCGCAAGCCAGAUGAUGGACGAGUUUGGCAGCAGCAACAGCAGCAUAGGCAGCAGCAGCAGCAGGAGCCACAGCACUACGACUUCUGCUGCCACCAGUCCUAAAGCAUCUGCUCUCUCAUCUGCUGCUCAAGGCCCGUUUGCAUCUAUGUCUGCCCGCUCGCUCGCUGCUGCUGCAGCGGCGGCUGCUGCGGCGGCAAUGCUUGGGACGUCUGCGGACCAUGUGCCGUGUGUCAUGUUUGUGCGAUCCUUUGCCUUUGAUCUAACGCGCAGCCCCUACUGCCAGCCUGCUGCUCUAACAGUACCCUCAACUGCUGCUGCUGCUGCUGCUGCUGCUGCUACAGCUACAACUGCUGCUGCUGGUGCUGCUGCUGCUGCAGCCACUGCCGGUGUCAGUGUGUCUCACGGGGCUGACAAGGCGCUGAGCAUUCAGAAGAGGGUGAGGGUGCGGUGGGGAGCAGGCACAAACCACUCCAACCUCCCCUCAGGAGCCUCCUCCCCUGCUUGCACCCCAUCCACCACUCCCUCUCCUGCCGCCUCUUCUCCUUCCUCCGCCUCUGCCGUUUCCUUCGUGCCCGCCGCAUGUGCCCCUGCUCCUCUCCCCACCGCAACAGCAGCAUCACCAGCGCCGGCCCAGCCAGAUCCCCGGCGUGGCUCGGGGGUUAUCUGGCUCUGCCGUGCGGCAGAUGUGGACGAGUUAGCCGCCCUGGCUAGAUUCUUUAUGGGGAGAAUCUCUCAUGGGACGGCAGGGCUAAGAACUCUCCUCUCAGCCAUACACAGGCUAAGGCUUCCCAGAGAGGAUUGGCAGUGUCUGUUUCUGGUCUGGCUGCGAUCGGUUCCUGUUCAAGACAUCCUGACCGUUGAUCUUCCCGUGCUGGUCGAGGUGGUCCGUCGGAUUGGAUGCCGGCGGGAGGAGGUGGAAGGAAGGAAGACGGCGAGAGUGGUGUUUUCGCGGGGGAGGAUGGGAGGGAGGAAUAGAGGAGGGGAGAGUGGGAAGCGAGGGGAGGGAGGCCUGGAGGGGGGUCUUUCUAACAGUGUGCCCCCAGGGGGGAGGUACCCUUUGCUGUUUAGCUGGUGCCAGGUCACCGGGGCUGCUGCCAAGGCUCUGUUUCUGGCUCGGAUCUGCACUCAGGUGAUAAAGGAGGAGCUGCUGGAUACCAUACCUGGACGAGAGCCUCGGAAGGGGACAGGCACGGCACGGCAGCAGCAGCAGCAGCAACAGCAGGCAUCAGGGGGGGCGCGAGAGGAGGAUGAGCAUGUGGGAGUGGCUGGUGGUGGUCGGAGUGGGUCUGGCAGGCUGAUUGUGGCUCCUCCAAAACCUAAAGAUAACGACUUGUGGAUUGAGCACGGGCUGGAGCAAUGGCUGCACCUAUCAAGCCAUGUGGAGGACGCAUGGCUGCUCGGCCGUGCCAUCAUACACGUCUGCAAGCUCUCCUCUGCCCGAGGCUAUCCGGUUCGGCAGGGCCGCCUGCCGUCCGCAGCUGAGGUCCCCACCUUCCCCGUGCCUCUCUGGGUGGCUCGGUUGCAGCUGCUGCUGUCCCCUUCGGCUCUAUUCACGUCUCAGUUGCACCGGGCUUUGCUGAAAGUGGAAAGGCCCGAGCUGGUGAGAGGGAUGGCAAAUGAGAUGGUAGCACAGGUGAGGGUGGUGGAAAGGGGGAGAGGGGAGGAGGGGUUGGAGAGAGGGAGUAGGGCAAGCAGUGCUGGUGGUGGUGAGGGGGAGAAGCUGGGUGGUGGGGAAGGUGGUGGGAAGGGAAAGAAGGGUAGGAGGAAGGUGAAGGGCAGGACAGCCGGAGGGGAGGGGCCGAAGGGCGUGCAUGGGGCUAAGGCUAGUGGGGAAGAGGAAGAAGGGGCACCGAGGGGAACUUUGGGUACGGAUGGGGAAUUGGAAAGGGUCGAUGGUGAGAAGGGUGAAGGACGGGAAGCCAAAGAGGCAGAAGAGGAAGAGGAGAAAGCGCGAGAGGAGGAGGACGACGACGACAAGGAUGAUGAUGAGGAUGAGGCAGCAGCAGAGGCAGAGGAGGAGCGGCAGAGGGAGGACGAGAGGGAGUCGGUGCAGCUGCUGCGGGAGAUGCUGGACCGCUUCCCUGAGAGCUGCCAUGCAGACAUCUUGGCGUCGCACAGGGCCAUGGAGCUCUGUCGCCAGUGGUCCACUGCUUUCUUCCAGAGCGUCAAAGCUGCCCAUGUGCCUCUGAAGCCGCCUGCAUGUGCGCCGGCUGCUGCCUCUGCUGUUGCUGCUGCUGGUGCUGCUGCUGCGGUUGCAGGAGCAGCCGGUGCGGUGAUUGAUGGAGAGGCUCCAGAUCGUUUGUCUGCAGAGGCAGCAGGGGCAGAGGGCGCAGCGGCAGCUGGUUCUGCUGCUGCUGCUGGAGAGGGUGCUGCUGGUGGCAAGGCAGAGGGCGACAAGGACAAGGAGAAGAGUGGCGGUGCGAAGCAGAAGAAGCUGGAAGGCACGGAAGGCAGGAACGGGCCGGGUCUGUCUAUGUCUCUAGGAGGAUACGAUGCAGAGCCCAGCGACCUGCUUUUCUUCUCCCACGAGCAUGUGUCCCCACUGCCCACGGUUGCACUCAAGGGUGGCAUGGUCUGCUCCAUGUGGCAGUCUCUCAUUGGCCAGCGUGCAGCCUCGGCAGUGGCCCUGGUGCAGAGGCUCGGGAGGUGCCCGACGGAUGCGGAGUGCGAGCAGUCACUGGGCAUGGGCAGUGAAACGACAGCAGAAGCAGCAGGCGCAGUGGGAGCAUACGAGCAGAUGCUGGUUCUGCUCUACGACUGCACACUCCUCCUUGAGUAUGGGGACGGGGCAGACGAGCACUCAGCCAGCCACGAUGCGUUUGUCUCUGCACACGACGCCAUGUGCCGGGAAGCCAUAUCGGAUUUUAAGCAGGCGCCGCCGUCAGCAGAGACGCUGCAUGCGUACAUGCUGCUCAUCCGCACCAUCGGGGUGUCUCUUGCGCUGGAUGUUCCUGUCGUGCCUCUCGCCUCCAUGUUUCCGCCCACGCUGCUCUCUGGAUUUCCCGCGCUUUUCCUGCAUGCCAAAUGGAGCCUCGCUGCAUCGUAUCUCCCCCUCAUCCCUCACUGA